AUGCUAAGCAUGACAGAGUUUGUGGAUAUGAGAAUGCAGCAGCAGAUUGCGCAUGAAUUAUAUAGACAGCAAAUUAUGCAGCGUAUACCGGAUCCAUUUCCACCUAUGCUGCCGUUUCAUAUGCCCCAUCACUUAAUAAUGCCACAACGCCCGGCAUUGCCUGGUGUAAAAGCAAAAUUGGAAAACGACGAAUUGUGGAAACAGUUUCAUAGAAUCGGUACGGAAAUGAUCAUUACAAAGAGCGGAAGGCGAAUGUUUCCAUCGAUGCGUGUGUCCGUCUCUGGUCUCGAAAACGAAGCGAAUUAUUGUGUUUUGCUCGAAAUGGUUCCCGUUGGUGAUUGUCGCUUUAAGUUUUCUGGCUCACAUUGGAUACCUGCUGGYGGUGCUGAGCCUCAGAGCCCCCAACGCAUGUUUUUGCAUCCUGACAGCCCAGCCACUGGUGCACAUUGGCAAUCYCAAGCCAUUAUUUUUAACAAAGUUAAACUCACCAAUAAUACACUGGACAGCAAUGGACAUAUUGUGCUCGCCAGCAUGCAUAAGUAUCAACCGCGUUUGCACAUCAUCCGUACUUCGGACCUAACGCAGCUGCCGUGGUCUCCGCAACAGGCUUUCGUUUUUCCCGAAACAGAAUUCGUUGCAGUUACUGCUUACCAGAAUGAUCGCAUUACAAAGUUAAAGAUUGAUAACAAUCCUUUUGCCAAAGGCUUUCGUGAAACGGGCCAGUCACGUUGCAAACGCAAGCUAAACACCUUGAAUUCCGACGAAGAGGAUUUAGGCGAAAGUCCAUCCAGUCCCAGCAAAAAUUCAUUUGUAUCUAGCGAAGAUGAUCGCAUCAGCGUUUGCAGUGGUCGAAUGGACUCAUCAUCAAUAAAACGCUGCCGCUCGUUCGACUCUUACGAUGAUGAUAUUUAUGUAAACUCGAGCAAUUCACGUAGCUGUGAGAGUAUAUCGCCGCCACAAUAUGAUGAAAAUAUGUACUCGGCAAUGGCUAUGUACCACAGGGAGCCCAUGCAGUAUCAGUUCUUAAAUAGUCCGCCCAUCGAUAUUGCCGCCGCCACAUAUUUAGCAGCCGCAGCCAACAUCAAUCCACCAAUGUCCAYAACACCGGAUGGAAUGGAGCCGUUGUUAGCGCAUCUGCCACAAAAAGUAAAUUUACAGACGCACUUGCCAUACUCGCGGUUGCCACAAUUUCCACCMGCUACCGAUAUUACGCCGGCAGUGAAAGUAUUUGGAAAUCCAGCUACGGCGACGCAUUUAAUUGAAGAACAAACUGCAGAAAGUCCAGCAAUAUUAGGCGARACCACCAGAACACAUAACGAAGACGAAGUGGAACCGAAACAAACGAAGCGCAAUAACUUUAGCAUAUCGGCCAUUUUGGCGUUCUAAAAAUUUCGUUUUUAAUCAAUUAUGUUCUUCUGGCGCAAGUAGCAUAUAUUUGGAUAUUCACCUAUUUAUAUUUURUACAUAUAUGUAU